AUGUCAUAUCAGACGAAUCAGCACAUGAGACAAACCGCCGAGGCGAUAUUAAUUCUUUUACCGUCUCAGAAUGCUGGUUUGGACGUUUCUUGCAUUGGUGAAACACGGACAAAUGGAGUUCUUCAUGAGGUUCCUCCGUACAGCGACCAAAAUCUCAUUAGGCUGCCAGGCAUUUCCCAAAGCUUUCUAGCAUACUAUGGUUUCAUAUUCUACACUCAAUACUAUCCACUUCCGUUGACCCAACACACAAACAAGCAAAGAACCAGACAUGCAUCUGGUGAAACUCACGGACCGGUCUACCAGCUAAAACCGGAUUCGCUUAGGAUCGAAUCAGGAAAACAGAAUACGCGGUCGUCUGUUGCAUUUAGA